AUGUCGGAAUUUAACGACUGGUACAAUAGUGUACCUUUCUUUACUCGUUAUUGGUUGACGUUUACAAUAGCUUUAAGUAUAAUAGGACGGUUUGGGGUGAUUAGUUAUUAUUAUUUCAUAUUGGACUACUACCCCUUCAUACAUCAAUUCCAGAUAUGGCGGCCAAUCACAGCAUUAUUCUACUAUCCGAUAGGGCCAUCAACUGGUUUCCACUUCCUCAUCAACUGUUACUUCCUUUACAACUACUCGCAGAGAUUGGAACUUAGUAUGUUUGCCGGCAAACCAGCCGACUACUUCUACAUGUUACUAUUUAACUGGCUCUGCUGUGUUAUCAUUGGAUUAUUGGUUAACUUACCGAUAUUAAUGGACCCGAUGGUACUCUCAGUUUUGUAUGUGUGGUGUCAAUUGAACAAAGAUGUGAUCGUUUCAUUCUGGUUCGGAACACGCUUCAAGGCGAUGUACCUACCAUGGGUGUUGCUAGCCUUCAAUCUCGUGAUAAGUGGAGGUGGAGUUAUGGAACUUCUGGGAAUACUCAUUGGCCAUCUUUCUUUCUUCCUGUUAUUUAAAUAUCCACAAGAAUUCGGUGGACCAGCUCUCUUGACGCCACCAGCAUUUUUGAAACAAUUAUUCCCCGACACCCGUUAUGUCGGAGGUUUUGGCACAGCUCCUCAAUCAAGACCUACAGCGAGACCUGGUAAUGUGUUUGGACACAACUGGGGCCGUGGACAGACACUCGGUGGAAAUUAA